UGACAAUUAUUUAAGUGGAUUUUUAAAGUGCAUUUAAUUAAUUGAAUAUCCGUGGCAUUAAUUACCACUGAUGAUAUAAAAAGACAAAAUAUCUUAUAUUCACGCAUAUCAAUCAUCAUGAAUUCAAUCAUAAUUUUAUCGACAAUUUUUAUGUUCAGUUUCAUUGAAACUGUAUCAUUGAAUCAAAAUCCAGAUGAAGUGCUGAAUUUACCCGGUUUGAAAACGAAAAUAAAUUUUCGUCAUUUUUCUGGCUAUCUAGAAGCUGAAGAUGGUGCUUUUCUUCAUUAUUGGCUAUUCGAAAGUCAACGAGAUCCAACAUCGGAUCCUGUCGUAUUCUGGUUUAAUGGUGGUCCAGGAAGUAGUUCAUUAUUGGGCGCUCUCACCGAAUGUGGACCAUUCCGUAUUGAUUCCAAUGAAAAAGUAAUUAUGAAUAAUUUCUCAUGGAAUGCUCAGGCAAAUAUGGUGUUUAUUGAAUCGCCAGCUGGUGUCGGCUUUUCAUAUAAACUUGAUCGAAAUUAUACAACCAAUGAUGAUAUUACAGCACAAAAUAAUUAUGUAGCAUUGAAAAGUUUCUUCAAAAAAUUUCCACAUUUCGAAAAUAAUUCAUUGUAUAUAUCGGGAGAAAGCUAUGGAGGUGUUUAUGUUCCAACUCUUUCGGUGAAAAUAUUGGAAAAUCAUUAUCCAAAAAAUUUCAAAGGUUUCUUGAUCGGUAAUGGCGCUAUGAAUUAUGAAAUGCUCGAUAAUUCUCAAAUACAUUAUUUCUAUCAUCAUGCUUUGAUCAAUGAUGAUACGUGGCAAUAUCUACUUGAUACUUGCUGUCCGAACGUAACGAAUGCUCGACAUUGUAAUUUUGCCAAGAAUCAAAAUCCAAAAUGUAAUGAUGAAAUUGAAAAAAUAUCUAAAUUCAUUUAUGAUAAUUUUGACCCAUACAAUAUUUAUCAUUGGAUGUGUUUUGAUCCCAUCAAUGAUCAUGCACCAUUUUCGUUUGCAAAAUCGGUUGGUGAAGUUGGUUGGAUAACAACGCUUCAACACAAAAAUCGUAAAAAUAUUAAAUGCAAUAAGGAUGAUGUAAAAUUCGCUGCACCAACGGUCGAUUAUGAUGCUUUAAAGCGUUAUCUUAAUCGACAAAAAAUACGUGAAGCUUUACAUAUAAGUUCACAUGCUAAUUCACAUUGGAAUCUCCAUAGUGAAGAACUAAUAUACACACGAAUAUAUCAAGACAUGACCAAUCACGUUAAAAAAUUGAUCGACGGUGGUCUCAAAGGACUACUCUAUAAUGGUGAUUUUGAUACCGUAUGUAAUUAUCUGGGCAAUAGAUGGUUUGUCGAAAAUCUUGGAUACGAAACCAAUACUGGAUAUUUACCUUGGAAAUAUGAUAAUCAAAUUGGUGGUUUCCGUAUUCGUUAUGGUAAACUAAUUUAUCAAACAAUCAUGGGAGCCGGUCAUAUGGCACCGAUGGAUCAGCCAGGACCACUUCAAGCAAUGUUUAAUGAAUUUUUAGAGAUGUAAUUGAAUUGGUAUUUUGCUUGUUGUCAUCAUCAAUCAUCAUCAAUAAAUUAUUUUGGUAAACAAAAA